CUCGAUCGAGCUGCUACACUGCUGGAUGUUCACUGUGAAAACGCGCAAAAGGAGGUCCACACGGAGUUGUUUUCUGGCCCACCUGGAAAAACUUGGUGAACAUCGGCGCGGAAGGCGAUUUGUGGGACGCGAGAUCGCGAGGAUCGUGCGUGGAAAGUGAUUUGAAAAGUAUCUCACAGUCGAUUGUUCGUCGAAAUUGGAGUUCCCUGCAGACGUCGACCCUCCAGAUGGGAAGGAAUGUGCAUGUGAUGGGAAAAGUUUCACAUUGAGACACUCAUUCGCAUCUCCCGAAAUCUCGUGUGUGACUUGAGAGAAAACGGUUUCAGUGCUUUGAGUUUCAUCACUUUUUAAGAAUUAAUCAAAUUGUGUUGUGCGACAGUGGGUGGUCAGGAUGGAUUCCAGUGGAUCUUCAACGUGCUACGGAGGCGGAGAUCUGGCCAGUGCCAUAAUACUGACCAUCAUCUUUGGCGUUGUGCUGAUGCUUCUUCUGCGAUGGCUGUACAAGAAGUACUGGCUCAAUCGACGAGGCACUCAUCUGGUGCAGGAGGACGUGGAGACUGGGAAGUCAGCUGAGUACGCCUUUGACAAUCCGGCUUUCAAGAGCGAACAGAAGGGCGGCACGAGCGGAGGCGCUCUGGACACCAAGUGGACGUCCAAGGAGAACGGAAAAGCCGUGGACGACAGCCCAGCAACCCCGAUCCCGACGAGGAACGUCUCACUGCGAGGAUCAGACUUCACGGGGUUGGGAAUUGAGUUGACCGGAAGCCUGAAGGAGGGCAUCUUUGUGAGGAAGAUCGCAUCUCAAGGACCAGCGGCCGGAAUCGUGAACAUCGGUGAUCGCAUCACCAGCAUCACUAUUGAUUUCCGACACAUUGUCCUGGAGGACGCAGCCGCAAUCCUCAGCUAUGCAUCGCCAUACAACGUGCGACUGGACUUGGCGGAAGGGAAGCCGGCCGCGGUCACGCCUAGUCCCAAGCCCGGACACGCAUCCAUGACGCAACCAAUGGGCGGAACAACCAGUCAAUCGGCUUCCAGCACGCCCGAUCAGAGCGCAAAGAAGACUCUCUUCCCCGAAGAAGUGGACUCCAAGUCUUCUCCUGUGCAGAUUGUGCAGCGAGAGAAUGAGAAGAAGUCCCCCUUCACGCAGCAAGUCAAGGGAUUAAUUGAGGAGAAGCUGCAAACCAGAAAUGAACCGGCAAAGCCACGUGACGAACCGGACAAAGAGGCGCCAGCUUCACCAGGAGAUAAGAGCAAAGGUCUCAAGUUCGGCAUUCGUGUUCUUCCGCCCAAUGUCAAUGAGAAGAUCUUCGGCAAGAGUCCGACAAAAGUGCAGGCGGACAAUGAGAAUAAUGCCAAUCUGGAGAAGAAUGACACGGAUAACGUGAAGAACCAGGAAAUGCCGCCCGUGGCGCAGAAGCGAAAGGAGAAGAAGGCACAGGAGACGCCAGAGGAGACCUUCCAGCGAAGCGAUCCCGUGAACUCCAGCGGUAUCAAGAGAGACGCCGCGGGGAUUCCGCAAGAAGUGCCUGAUCACAUGAUGCAGGCCGCGAUGUCGGCCAAGGAGAACCGGAAGAGUGUGGUGCAGGACAGUGGGAAGAAGGGCAAGGGCAAAGCUCCAUCUCCGCCUCCAAAUGAGACGGAGUCUGAGAAGGAUGCUCUCAACUUCACGGACAAUUUCGUGAAGGAGAAUCGACCAAGUGCCAAUUCAACACCCAAGAGUGAGAGGAAGAAGAGUCCCAGCGACACGGAGAGUCAGAUAGCCGAUCGGGCCGGGGACUCAGAUGGCGAGGAGGAGUCCUCGUCGCACAUAGAGUUGUCUGCGAAUCAUAUCACAGUGCACCAGAUGAGCGACGAAGAGGAGGGCAGAAGGACGGCGAGCUUGGGGGAUUUGUCGAAGAUCGAGACGACCAAGAGUCCGACGAGUGGCAGAUCCAAUACAGCCACUCUCGAGCGCGCACAGAGUCUGGAGAUUACAGAGCAGCCCGGCGCGGUGGUGACGCCGAAGAAGAGAAAGGCGCCGGCUGUGGAUGUGGACAUUUUCAUUGAGAAGGAGCCCAGGCUGAGCCUGGACAUGGGCGGUGGAAUGGAGGCGCUCAGAGGGCGACUCAAGAGUGCCAAUGAGUGGGGAAAUCUCGAAGAUGCCAUUUACUCCAUCAAGGAUCACGCAGAUGAGGAGCACAGCUCAGACACUGAGUCUCUCAAUCGCAGUGAUGAGGAACAGAAAGUCGACGCCACGUCCAACAGUCUGAUGAAGGAGAUCAUGGCAGUGGCGGAUAAGUUUGACGCUGAAGCCAGGAAGGCAGUGGAGAGUGAGCUGCCCAAGAAGACCAUGGAUCAGUUGCUGAAGGAGAAGCUGGAGGAGGCUCAGGCCGCUCUGAAUGACGACACAGAUUUGGUGCCUGUGGUGAAGCCCGCCAUUCCCAAGCGAAGCAGUCUGGAUACAACUGUGAGGAAUGGGAAUGUUAAGGACACUGCCAAGGAGGACAAUGUCACGUACACGCCCAUCAAUGUCGCGGACUCCUUCGGAACGAACGUGCCUGACGACGUAAAGGUGUCUCGGUAUCCCUUUGGGAGUCUCGAGCGCCCCAAAUCGGACGUGCUGAAGAAAUUGAUGGCGCAGAAGAUCCAAUUGGAGGAGCGAGAUACGCCAGUCAAUCGCACAACAAUGACAAUUCUGCCGGACGAGCAGCUGAUCGACGAGCCGCAGCCCAUCAGUCUCACUCUGAUUGGCGGUGGAAUUGAGUCCGACAAGACGGAGAGCAGCCAGAUAUCGCCGGUGUACUCGAGUGACAACAUGGGCGUGAACAGCAUCAGCAUCUCCUCCAUGGAGAUCCCCGUUCAAGUCGAGACGACAUCCCUGAGCCGAAUAGUGCCCGACGCGGACAACGUCGUGACCAUCACGACCGACGUGAGUCAGCCUUCGUCCAUCAUCAUGAUCGACGACGAGUGUCUAGACUUCACGCUGCAAACGCCACCGCCCGAGAGGACGCCAUCCCCAGUGCCACAGGAAGAGCCCGAGACCUUCGUCACGGAGAUUCGCGUGCAGACGCCCGACAAGAAUCACACGCAAAUCAAGCUCACGGACGAGCAGGACAACUUCCCGCGCAACAGUGAGAUCAAGUUCACGACCUCGACGUACGAGUCGCCUGGCAAGGUGGCGGAGAAGCGCCUGAGCCAGAUCGAGCAGCUGCGGUCCAACUUCGAGAAGUCGCAGCAGCAGUCGGAGAUUCCCGUGCCAGUACGCAAGAGCUCCAUUCCCACGCUGAAGCUCAGCCCCUCCAAGAUACCCGUGUUCAACUCCAAGGGCCAGGACCAGGCGCCGCAGCAGCGCCCCGCCAACAAAGUGUCCGUGAGCGUGACGUCCAUCAAGAACUCCGCCAGACACCCCAGCGGAAAGUAGGUCCUGCCGAAUUGCUCUGUUUAACUCACUUUCUGCGCAUGUACAUAUAAAUAAAGACGAUCAUGGUAAAAUAUUAUUUGAA